AUGGCCGAUGUGGCGAAGUUGCGGGAGGCAGCCCUUCGCGAGGUGAUUUGGCGUCUCGGGGGCUCUGCUCGCCGCCUGGAGCGCGCAUUCAGCGGACCGCGCCGAGGACUUGUCUCUCCCGCAGACUUUGAGCAGGGCCUUCGCCAGCUGGGCCUGAGUGCCACUGAUCUUCAAGGCCUCGGCUAUGCGGAUUCCCGUCACGCGUUUUCAUCGCUGGAUCACUCUGCGCGAGGUGCGCUUCUCUUGGAGGAGCUGACGCGCAAACCGACAUCCAGGAGACACAGGCUGUCGUCAGCCGCAGCUGGAACCUCGAAUCCACUGAGGCGGAGUCCCUCCGUGGACAGCGUCUCAUCCGCGGACACCUCCAGCCCAAUAGGCCUGGGCAUUGACGCGGCGCGUUUGCGCGAGGAGCUCGAUGAGCUGCUCGUGCCCCUGCGGCAGCGAGAGGAGGAAGUGCGACAACUCCGUCUUGAGGUGGAGGGACUCCAACGUCGCAAGGACCGCGCCAGUUCUCGCCAAGUCUCAGGAGCUGUGCGUGCCCGGAGCGAACAGCAAAGACGCGUGGAUGAGCUCACCGGUCGCCACCGGCAGAAGAUCGAGGAGCUCCAGGGCCAGGCUGCUGCUUCGCAGGAAGCCGAGCGGGUUCUCCUCAACGAGGCUCGUGAUCUGCAGCAUGCAGCGCAUCGCUCUGCACGGAUGUUGCGGCAGACGGAGGAGGAUUGCGCCCAAGCAGAGGUGCACGCAGAAGGCUUGCAGCAUGCGGUGGAGAAGGUCCUCGCCGACACGGCCCAGCGCAAUGCCGACAAUGAGGAGUUGCGAGCGAAAGAGAGGGCACUGCACGACAAGGCUUUGCGCCUGGAGGCUUUGUGCAGCCACCUGCGCGGGAAGGUUGACAGAAAUCUGCCAACCAGCCCACAGCGGAAGGCCUGGGAUCCCGUGGGAGUGGAGGCUGCCGAGGUGGCUCGUGAGGAGGCGCUGGGCGAGGAGGUGGAAAGCCUGCGGAGAGAGUUGCUCCGAGAGCAUCCCGAUGUCCGUCGCCGAAACCGGGUCUUGGCCCUGGUGGCAGAAGGCAUUUCGGAGCUUUCGUCUGAUCUGCAGCAGAAGGAGUCCAAGUCUGCGGCUGUUCGGGCAGAGAUGGCGCAGACUGAGCAUAGCAUCGAGGCACUUCAGCGAACUGCCGCACAGCAGGCAUCUGAGAUGGCUUCGCUGCGGCAGCAUUCCGCGGAGGCCCGGCAAGCGGCCGAGGAUGAGAUGCAGGGGAUGCUGGCGUCCUCGGACCAACGGCUCCGUCUCAUGACGGCCGAGACGGCCGAACGCACGGAGGCUCUGCAGAAGGAGGUGGCCGAACUGCGCAGUCGGUCCGGGGAAAUGGGAGCCCGUCUGAAGGAGGCGGCCCCUGAGCCGGCAGAGGCUGCCGAUGCCCAGGGGUUUCUGGAGGCGGCGCUUGAAGAGCAGCAGACCGCCACCGAGGCUAUUAUCAGCAAUGUGCAGUCACUUCGCGCGGAGCUUGCGCAGGAGCAUAAGGCGCACGCGACCAGGCAGCGCGAGAGGGAGGAGGAGGCUCAGAAGGCGGUGAGCAGCUUAGAAGAGAUGGCUGAACGCCUGACGCACGCCUGCUUCAGAUUGUUUGGGUCGCAGACCGACGGCUGCGACGCGCUCUGGCGCCGCGUGGCCUUGGCGAAGCAGCGCGCCGCGGAGUCGGCGGCUGCAAGCUGCGAGGCUGGGCUUCCCAGCGCGGGCGCGGCAGUCAAGAAGUCCAUCGAGGCGGCAGGCUGCACCGUGAAGGAAAUUCCGAAGAUGGUCUUUUCUGUGAAAAGCAUGCCUGGCUUCAUGUACGUGAAACGGGACUUCGAACCAACCAACCAACCCUGCUCGGCAUUUGCAGCCAAAACUGGCGGUGCUCAUCUCAUAGCGCGAGAAGACGCCGAAGUGCUACCAUGCCUGCUGGACCAGUUCCUCUGA